AUGGACAGAUAUUCUAGAGUUUCUAGAGCUUCGCAAGCAACGGUUGAUACAGGUCAUGGCAAUCAGAAUGAGUCUGGAAAUCGUCAAUUUAUCAGACCUACUCGACACUCAUCCACCUUCGAUGACCGUAAUAUCCAAAGCAGACAUGUUCAAUAUGCGACGGACGAUGAACACAGGCCUUGGUACGAGAAGAAAGAAGCCUACAGGCGACCGCGCAGGCAAGUAAGACACAGAAACAAUGAUUCUUACUCCCACGCCUACCUGCCGUUCGAGAGGUACGAGAUUGAGCGCAAGCUCGAAGACAAGCGCCGGCAGCUAGAGCGUUCUCGUGCUGCCGCCACGCUCAACGAAACCGACAAGCACGAUGAACCGGCGCGUGAACAGCUCAUCCCAGUGAGCGAAACAAUCAAGACGCUGGAGCUGGCGCGCAAAGAAGUCGACCGGACGUCCGAAGAAUUCCAGUCGUUGCGCGAAGACCUCGGGCGUCGGUGCGAAGCCUUGUACCGCAAACUCCGCGACCUCGAGAUUGAGCUCGAGGAGUGCAUGUGGGAGUCCGACCGAGAUUAUGCAGAUGCCCCGAAGGUGCUACAUGAACCGCAGUACAUUCCUGGCGUCUAUCAGACUGUAUUUGAUGUUAACCAUCCCCAAGACGCAAGCGUUCACCUUGAGCUUUCGAUCACAGAUGACUGGGAGACGGAAAUGGAAGCGUUCUCAAGACUGCAGAGGCUGGGCAAUUUCAGUGCGGCGCAAGAAUACUUCGAUAACAAGUUGGAGCCGUACUUGAGCAAUCCCUAUGUGUUCAUUCAAUUUGGCCAAAUGCUGUUGGAUCAAGGCAAUUAUCUCGCCUUCGAAAGACUGAACCCCAAUACUGUUCUCAGCAAUGAGACCCGACUGGCGUCGCGUUUACAUGAGUACACUACGGUGAUGGACAAAGAUUGGCAUCGAGAACGAGAACGAGAGACUAGAGCUUGGUCCGCAUCUCAAAUCCCAGGGAAAGAAGGCCAUCAAGACCUUCGUGCAAGAUUUGAUCCCGAAGCACGCCUUGUCAGAAAUGACGCACCGAGGCCGGGAUCGAUCCGUCAGGGAUAUAGCCAAGAUGACGAGAGUGACCGCAGCCGUUCCACAGGUAUAAGCCUAAUGGUGCACGAUACAGAACCCAUGUUUGAUCACGAUGGGCUCGAACUGCUCCGGCAAAAUUGGAGGCUGAUGGAGGCCACCUCUGACGUGCGCAGAGAGGGAACUAUGAAAAUGCAUUCACUGAGACUUGUGGUGCUAGCCCUGCAUUUGUGCGCACAACUGGAUCAUGCAGCCCCCGAACGAUUAUAUGGCAAUCUUCAAGAAGCUGCGGAGGAUUGGAUCGACUGGCCAGCUCUCUUCAAAGACCUACUUAUACAGGGCCGCAUAUGGGACUUCAAAGAUCUUUAUGUUGCAGCAGUAGCAGCGUUCUCCGAUUCAGCAGACGAGAUGUUCUUUGGGACCGCUGACAUUGAACACUUACUGAUUGACGACUGGGUCUUGAAGAAAGAGGAUGAAUCAAUGAAUCUCGCCCAGCUCGAACUGCUUCUGCAACCGGCCCAACCUCGGUCCCUUUUCUUAGACAAGGCGACAUCUCGCGCCGAAGCCAUCAUGGCCUAUUCCCCACCGGCAAUGAAGAGUCGGCCUUUCAUUCGCUGGAUCAUAGCGAAGGCCGCUGACACCUUGUCUGGCGAGAAUGGAAGCGCGGGUGAUCCGUGGCUGGCCUACAAGACUCACCUCCAGGAUUUUCCAGGGAUGGUUUGGCCCAGCCCAGGAUGGUUGGUGCCCUGUCUCUAUGUGCCACGGAACAAUGAGAAUCCAGGAUGGGUUCAAUCAGAAGUUUCCCAGAUAAUGAAAGAACCGCUCCAUUUGGCGCUGAAUUUGGCGAAGGAGCUCAAAGACUACAAGUCACAAGCUGCAUGCUACAAACUUCUCAUUUGUCAUUCUAAAGAUCCGACUCAGCUGUUUGAGGAACUUGCGCACUUGCAAAAGUCUAGGCAGGGCGAGCAAAAUGUGCAUCUCGAGACUCUAUUAACAAGUUAUCUGAUCUGCAAAGACCGGCCGGCGAAAGAAAGACUGCUUCAGGAGUUCGAACAGACUGACGACUGGGGCGAGGCCACGAUGUUAUACUGGGCUCGGGAUUUCAUCCAGAGAGCGGUGAAGCGAAGCCUUGGAGGUCCCAAAAGCACGGCCAGGUUGCGAAAGCCAGCAAGUUUCUACAUAGCCAAGGGGCUUCCAUGGGGAGCUGAGCGAUUUACAAGGCAAAACGCCGACCUCGAUGGGCUCUCACCCAUCACUCAGUAUCCGUCACAGCUCCACAUCCGCCAGAGCCCAGUUUCGCCGCCUCGAGAUCAGACCGAAAUCCAAGAACAGCAAGAUAUCCUGCCAUUACCAUAUCCCCCCCCGUAUGAACCCUCCAGAGGACAUGCCAAUUCUCGACAGGCAGACCUGAAGGACAAGUCGCGCGAGCACAGAAGAUUUGAAAGAGACUGGAGGACUGUUGAACGGACGGAAAACCGAGCCGCCAUGCAGCUCGAGCGGGGAAAUAAGGAACAAGAAAGCGCCCGGGCUGAGGUGAGUAGAGCCAGCAUCGAGGAGGACAUUGAACAUAUGAAGGAGGAGAUACGUGUCCUCCAAGCUGUUUCGGAGAAAGUAAAGCUUCAAUGGCAACAUCAUCAGGAACACUCUCGUCGUAUAGCGGAGAAAAUAACUGCUGAACAAGCAAGGGAAGCAAAGGAUAUGCAACGCCAAAAAAUCAGAGAGCCUUUACGGAUUGAAAAGAAGAGGCCGAGUCUACCAGAGGGCUAUUAUCACCAGGAUGAGCUCGCUGGCCAGCAGUCAAGACACCAAGACGGGGCUCAUGAGAGGUCGAUGCGAGUUGGAGAUGCCAGCGACGUAUCGGAGUCAGAUGCUGCUUCAGAUUCCGACUGCAGCGAUAGCGCAUUAUCACGAGAUGACGACGACUUGGUUGGCGAUACUCCUAACACAAACACAAAACCAAAGGACAAAUUAACGAGGAAUCUCCAUGGAGAGGAGACGAAUCAAAAGCACUGUUCCGAGAGAACAUGGCUGAGAGGAAACACGGAACGAGAGAGCGAGACUGAAAGGAACGAGGCCGACCAACAAGAUGAACUCAAGCACCAGCACUCUAAACACAGUCAUUGCACUGAUCUCGUCCUAUACGACCGAGCUCUGACUGCACGAUCCCCUGAUGUGUAUACAACUGGAUCACCUCUUCUACGGUCGCCUUCCUCGCCUGUCCCGCCGCCCAAAGCUGCCCGAAGCAAUAGCAACAGAGAGACUGCGCGAGUGCUGAUACAUCACUCUUCCAAUGACUCCUCCAGAUCUAGUAUGGAUAUUAUGCCAGAACAUGAACCCACGCUCGACCAAGCUCACCGCUCGUCCCAAGAGGGGACCGAUGAUUUACCUGCUGAACCACAGAGAGCUGCAGACCAGCCUGGAUCUGAAUCCAAAAGGGACACUGGGGAGGCUGGCGACCGCAGUAAGGCCGAGAGGAUGGAUGUCGAAGAGCGGAUUCCACGCUGGAUGAGCUCAAUAAUUCCACCUGCUCCUAAUUUGUCGCCGUUGCCCGACAUUGAUGUCGAUUCGGAGCACAGCUCGCCAAGGAGACGCUUGAGACGCGAUAGGAGCUCGAGCCCUCUCAAUUUACGCGAAUUUGUAUCUCGAGACCGCGAUGAUUCGCGGUCAAGGGCGCAGAACAUCAAAAUUGCGAGCCGUGCCCCGAUAGUGGUUCCAGACAGUCCUGCAACACAAAGGGACAAAACCGAUUGGGACAGAAUCAUUGCCAAGGAGCACGAGAAGCUAGAGGCGCUGAGUAGGCUGGCAACAACUGCCCCGAUCGGUCAAGAUGUCAGCCAAAGACCAUCAAAUUAUGAGGCGCCAGAUGUCUUGGACGGACUGGAGGAGGGAAUCGUGGAGAAAACAGACAAGAAGGUCGUCACAGAUCCAAGUCCCAGUGCGUAUUCCGCGCCGACAAGACCUAGCUCAUAUUCACAACAACAUGACGAUAUCCAGCCUCUUCAGAGACGUUGGCGCGAUAAGCAUCCUGCCCCCUCCCAUGGCGAUCAGUCUGAAUCCCCGAAAAGAAGGUGGUCUCUAAUCGUCGAUGCUGAUGGGCGACCUCAACCGGUCCGGACAAAUGAGCACCGACUUGGCUACGUUACGGACGCGGCCAGCGGCACGCACACAGGUGUCAAGCGUAGCGAGGGCAUCGAACGAGGUCGUUCCAGCCCAAAAAUAUCAACUAUCGCUGCUGGGAAGAGACCACAGCGACCUGUUGGGUCGCGAUCUCAGUCUACAGAAGACGUAGGCACCGGGAUUCGCGGUACUGACACAUCGUUGAGCGCCCCUAGAAGGCUGUCAUCCGAAGAUUGGGAGAAAGGAAAAGACGGAUCGUUAAGGAGGAAGAAGGCUAUGUCGAUACUACGCGAGGAACAGGAGGAGGGGGCAGAACGGUCACCAUCACCGCCGCAAGCGCGAUCAAAGGCGGGAGAGCAGGACUCUGCGGGAGAGAGCUCCAAGCUCCAAGCCUCGUUGGAACCUGAGGCAGGAAUCUCAAGGAAGUCAACUGUCGCUGAUCCGGAAGCAGGUGAGGAGUAA